AAAAGAUACAGUACUCGACUAACGGUGACUUAAAAUAGUUUCCUGAACUCAUAUUUCCUCGAGAUUUUGUGAUUGUUUCUUGCACAUUCAUGAAUCACAUAUUUUUAAUAUAUUUUGCGUGAGACUUUUGAUUGGUAUUUUCCUUAUUUGCCGUACAGUAUUUGACCAAACACGCGCCGUGUCGAAAGAUUUCUUAGCGCUAACUACUCUUUGUACUCGAUACACGACUUUGAACGAAGAGAUGCUUGAGAAUGGUACGCCGGUUUCCAGCGGAGAGGUCAUUGAGAGCAAGAUGGCGGAUCUUAGCAUAAAUGGUUCGAGCCAUGGUGAUGGUGCGACAGAGGCCAGCGAUUCGAUGACGGAACAAAUUAACCAUGAAAGGUUGGGUGCUGAGAUGCAGGAACGGUGUCGCAUCCUGGUCGCAGAGCUGGAGGAGUAUCAGGAGUAUCUUAGGAAGCAGAAGAAAGAGAGUAGUAGUGUUGAAUUGAGGACUUUUAGGAGUGGCUUGAAUGCCGAGAUGAAGUUGAUUAAUAAGGUGUGCUUUCUGCUCUACCCCCCUUUCCCUCUCUAAUCUGGAAAGAGGUUUCUAAUGGAGGCCACUGGGAUAGUUAGCAACAAAAGACUCCUCCAAUCUCAAAAUCGCCCACUCCCUCCGCUCCUCUAACUUCCUCUUCUACGCCUCCCUCUGGUCCACCGCCAAAACCUGCCGGGGAAUCACAGCCCUCUCACGACGUUUCUAUUGGGAACCCGACACGAAAACAGCAACCAUAAAUGGUCGUAAUCAUCUCCACGGAGCGAAGAAGAAAUCGCACAGUGCGGUGGCGGAUAUUGUUUGUGAAGAUGGGUUGGAGUGGGUGAAAGUAUCUUCUAACACCGAGAAGAGGAUUAUUUGGGAUCUGGCGAAGGCCGGGUGGGUGCCGGAUUCGGAUUCUGAAGAUGAGGAAGCGGAUGAAGAGGGUGGUGAUGCGGAGGGUUUGUUGAAGCAGGUUGAGACGUUGGUUAAGGCGGCUAAGACGACGAGGGUCAGGUAUAGGAAUCCGAUUGUGAGGUUGGUGCUUCCUAGGAUUUCAAGGGAGCCGGAAGCGAAGGAGGUCGGUAUUGUUCUGCAGAAAUUGAGGAACUUAGGGGUCGUUGUACAGACGAAAGAGGAUUUGGGAGAGGAACCGAAGCUGGUGGAUGUUGUGGAGAAAUUAAUGCCGGAUCGAUACGAGAAGUUUUCUGAGGUCUUGAAUAUUGAUUGUACGGUAUUGCUAGCUUUUGUUAGCGAUAUAUCGUAUGGUACUGUUGUUAGUAUAAGAUUUCAUUCUGUUUUGAUAGACCCACCCCUGUCACCAUUCGCUCAGAUUAGAUCAUGAGAAUGGCCCUUAUAAAAUUCUUUCAGAUAUGGAAACGCUAACUUUUAGCAGGAAGAAGCAGAUUGGCACAACAAAAUGAUUCAAAUCCAGGUAAGGGACAUUUCCACCUGUUUUUGAAAUCUCGGUUAUCACUCGCUAACCCUUUUCCCUUGAUAGCGAAAACUAGAAGCAGAGGAGCACCUUCUACCCUCGGUAAGUAAAAGAAACUCUUCCUAGCUCUCUCCCAUGACUCUAACCUAGACUUUAAAGAUACUCUGGCCUGCAUGUGCUUCCAAAACCCUAGUCUGCACCCGCGAAGCUGCCACCAGAAUGCUAGAAAUAGUAAACACCAUCGGAACCGACGCCGAAAAAGUACGCACCUCCCUCCUGUUACGCACUCCCAUCCCACACUAUCCCCCACCACCCCUCACACCGUCCGAAACCAUCGCAGCCUUCCAAGCCCACUCCCAAUAUCCCGUCCCAUCCACAUGGCAAAUCCCCAUCCAAAUCAUCGACAUCGAUAUCCCAUCCAUGCUUGCUGAACUCCCCGCCUCGGCGACAAUAGUCGCGGAGAGACUCAGUGAGAUGAAUAGAAGUGUUUUGCUGUAUGGGUGGUGGAGUGGGAGGACGACCAUCACUAGCAACCGCGCUGUAGUCCGGGACGUGGAAGGUCCUGUGGAGGAGUUUAGGGUUGGGGAGGAGAGGGGACCGGAUGUUUGGAGUAGUAUAAAGCCGAGGAGUUUGGUGGGAAAGGAGAAGGAGAGGCGGGGGAGCGUUGAGUGA